AUGGAGGUGGACGGGUACCCGUCGGACCUGCAGGCCUUCCCUGCGGCCGCGUCCUACCGGCCGCCGCACGGCGGGUACGCGCAGCCGAGGAUUUGGAAGGACUGGUGCCAGGAGCUGGCAGGCCUGGCGGCGCUGGGAGGGACAGCCGGCGACCUGUCCAUGGCGGCGAACCCCGUCGCCUAUGAAGCAGCCAUAAAGCGCAGGUCUGCCGAGGAGCUGCUGGUCCCCGGCAAGCGGCCGUGCUUCGGGAUUGGCCUCCUAGGCUCGCUGCUGGUCAGCGGCGCUGCAGGCCAGCCCGCCCAGGUCUUCGGAGCCACGCUCCUGGGCAAGCGGACGUGGUCCGCCGCCUUCCCUGGAGGCACAGAGUAG